GAUGACAGUUGGAACAAGUGCAUUCUGGGGGAAAAAUAAGAAAUCUCUGACGCCGUACCCUCGCUAAUUUAUAAAAAUUUAAAUACAUUCAGAAACAGCGUGUAUUUCUUCUUAAGCAGGACCUAAAAUGUCCGCACAAAUCGAGAUUAAGUAGCUUAUCGAUUUUGGAAGACAUAUUUGUUAACCGUCGUAAUCCGGACGGCCUGGACAUGGAGGUGGGCGAAGGUGUCAGCGGGGCGACGCCCACAGAGGAGAUGAACGGGGCAGGAAACCUGAUGGACUUCCUGGACGAGCCGUUCCCCGAUGUGGGAACGUAUGAGGACUUCCACACCAUCGACUGGCUGAGGGAGAAAUCCAGAGACACCGACCGACACCGCAAGAUCACCAGUAAGAGUAAAGAGUCCAUCUGGGAGCUGAUCAAGAGUCUGCUGGACGCCUGGUCAGGAUGGGUGGUGAUGCUGCUCAUUGGACUGCUGUCAGGCACUCUGGCCGGAGUGAUCGACCUGGCUGUGGACUGGAUGACGGACCUGAAGGAGGGCGUGUGUCUGUCGGCGUUCUGGUACAGCCACGAGCAGUGCUGCUGGACGUCCAACGAGACCACCUUCGACGACCGCGACAAGUGUCCGCAGUGGCAGAAGUGGGCGGAGCUGAUGACGGGACACGCCGAGGGAGCUGGUGCGUAUGUGUUGAACUACUUCCUGUACAUCCUGUGGGCGCUGCUGUUUUCCUUCCUGGCUGUUUCCCUGGUGCGCGUCUUCGCUCCGUACGCCUGCGGCUCGGGGAUCCCUGAGAUCAAGACGAUCCUGAGCGGCUUCAUCAUCCGGGGCUACCUGGGGAAGUGGACCCUGCUGAUCAAGACGGUCACCCUGGUGCUGGCCGUGUCGUCGGGCCUGAGCCUGGGGAAGGAGGGCCCGCUGGUGCACGUGGCCUGCUGCUGCGGAAACCUCUUCUGCAGCCUCUUCUCCAAGUACAGCAAGAACGAGGGCAAGAGGCGAGAGGUGUUGUCGGCCGCAGCAGCAGCUGGAGUGUCUGUGGCCUUCGGAGCGCCGAUCGGAGGAGUUUUGUUCAGUCUGGAAGAGGUCAGUUAUUAUUUCCCUCUGAAGACUCUGUGGCGUUCGUUCUUCGCCGCCCUGGUUGCCGCCUUCACGCUGCGCUCCAUCAACCCGUUCGGAAACAGCCGCCUGGUGCUGUUCUACGUGGAGUACCACACGCCCUGGUACAUGGCCGAGCUGGUGCCCUUCAUCCUGCUGGGCGUGUUCGGCGGCCUCUGGGGCACCCUCUUCAUCCGCGCCAACAUCGCCUGGUGCCGGCGGAGGAAGACCACCCAGCUGGGGAAGUACCCCGUCCUGGAAGUCAUCGCCGUGACGGGCAUCACCGCCGUGCUGGCGUACCCCAACCCGUACACCCGCCGCAGCACCAGCGAGCUCAUCUCCGAGCUCUUCAACGACUGCGGGGCGCUCGAGUCGUCGCAGCUCUGCGAUUACAUCAACAAUCCCAACAUGAGCCGGCCCGUGGACGACAUCCCGGACCGGCCGGCGGGGCCCGGCGUCUACAACGCCCUGUGGCAGCUCGCGCUGGCACUGGUGUUUAAGAUCGUCAUCACCAUCUUCACCUUCGGCAUGAAGAUCCCGUCCGGCCUGUUCAUCCCCAGCAUGGCGGUGGGCGCCAUCGCCGGGCGGAUCGUUGGCAUCGCCGUGGAGCAGAUGGCGUACCACCACCACGACUGGAUCAUCUUCAAGAACUGGUGCCGGCCCGGCGCCGACUGCGUCACCCCGGGACUCUACGCCAUGGUGGGAGCCGCCGCCUGUCUGGGCGGGGUGACCAGGAUGACCGUGUCCCUGGUGGUCAUCAUGUUCGAGCUCACCGGCGGUUUGGAGUACAUCGUCCCCCUGAUGGCCGCCGCCGUCACCAGCAAGUGGGUGGCGGACGCCUUCGGGAAGGAGGGCAUCUACGAGUCGCACAUCCAGCUCAACGGCUACCCGUACCUGGACGUCCGGGACGAGUUCACCCACCGCACCCUGGCCACCGACGUGAUGCGUCCCCGGAGGAGCGAGCCCCCGCUGGCCGUCCUCACCCAGGACACGACCACGGUGGAGGACGUGGAGACGCUCAUCAAAGACACGGACUAUAACGGCUUCCCCGUGGUCGUGUCCCGGGAGUCGGAGAGGCUCAUCGGCUUCGUGCAGCGCAGGGAUCUGACGCUGGCCAUCAAGAACGCCCGUCAGAAGCAGGACGGCGUGGUCAGCAGCUCGGUGGUUUACUUCACCGAGGACGCCCCGCAGCUGCCGGCCAGCAACCCGCAGCCGCUGAAGCUGCGCCGCAUCCUCAACCUCAGCCCCUUCACCGUCACCGACCACACGCCCAUGGAGACGGUGGUGGACAUUUUCCGCAAGCUGGGCCUCCGCCAGUGCCUGGUCACUCGGAGCGGGCGUCUUCUGGGCAUCAUCACCAAGAAGGACGUGCUUCGCCACAUGGCUCAAAUGAUGAACCAGGAUCCCGAGUCCAUCAUGUUUAAUUAGUGAGCCGAGUCGCUUUUAUCUGUCCUCUGAGACUGUGUAAAUAUGUGGAAGUGGGUGCAACACUACUGUACUCCAACCUGUGGAGAAAAACAAAACAAAAAAAAAAAGGACACUGCUCCCAAAAAAGGCAACUCCCACCCCUGUAGUGACGAUGAAGUCCAAUAUACCGGAACCUUUUGAAUUCAAGGUAGCGACUGACAAAUCCUUAUUGCCCUGGGAUUAAAAAAAAAAAAAAAAUCACCUUUGUCAAACAUUUCAAAUGACUAAGGGGGGUAAAAAGUAAAAAAAUAUCAACAAAGGCAGAGGUGUUAUGGGGAUUAAAUAUGCAUGUCCACCUAGCUUAUUGCUCUUUAAUGUCAGCACAGCGUUCGAUGCUGGAACUUAUUUCAGCUUCUAGCCGGUUCAACAGCAGCCCAGCAGCAGCCGUAGCCAUCAUCGAUGCUUCCACCAGUCAUCUGUUUAGUGCUGCUAGACAAAAGGAUGUAAAAAAUCCAAAAAAAGAAACACACGAAAUCCUUUUUUUUUUUUUUUUUAACCGUGACUGUAAGCAGUAUUUACAGCUUAGCCAGUGUAGCUGAUAUUGUCUCGUAUGCUUCUGCUGAACGGCUGCACGUGAGCUACCUUGAAUCCAAAGUUCUGCUAAGUGCACACUUUAACUUUAAUUUAAAAUUCUGGAAAACCGUAGGCAAGUAAAACAUUUUCCAUUUCAUGAACACUUGGGAUGUUGUUGGAAGUAUGACAGGAAAUGAAGAUGUUAUUCCGUUCUGCACACGUUCUUUUGCGGCUGCCGACCCUCUUUCAUCUCGUACUUUGUGAUCUUAUUUUGUCGUUUCUGAAGGAAAAAACAGCCGGACAGGGUAGGGGACCACAAGGGGUUCUUGAAAGCAUCACAAACUAAAAAAAAACAGAUUAAUUUCACUUUCAUGACAUUCCCUGGAAGUUAGAGCAGUGUGUUUAUAAGAGGGAAUUUUUAGGGCGUAGUUUGAUUGUACCCAGUUUUGUUGCCUCAAAAAAAAAUUUAAGAAGGGUUUUAUCUGGACGAAAUCCUCUGCAACCUCUGGCUUAGACGACAGGUGGUACUGUCCUGUCGCCGUGAACAAGGAUCAUCUCAAAGAUCUAAAAAACAAAACCAAAAGAAAAUAAUUAAAGGAAGUCAGAUGUGUGCAGAGGUCCAGCUGUGAGGCUGAGCAGGCGAGCAGCGUGAUGCAGAGUCACUGUUGAACCUCGAUUAUUACUGUAUGAUCCCUCUGUACCUCCUGAUUUUAUUGGCCAGUUGGAGAGUCGGGGACAGCUGCACCUUUUAUGAUUUUAACAUUUGUUUUGUUUUUGUUUUUUUGUGUAUGUUGCUGCCAUAUUUAUGUUAAUGCUACCUGUGUCGAUGGUAAUUUUAUGGUACUAUGAUCAGACAUAUUUUUGUUACUUUAUCUAGACAUGAACUCUACAGAACUGACAAUGCCGUACUAUCACUGGUGCACUCCAUGUGUCACCGUUUAGAAAGCUAAACGUUGCCCUAGCAACCUGUAUCAAUGUUGUUUUUACUGUAGCAAUUAGGGCUGGGUAUCAAAAAACCCAGUCUUCCAAGAUAUAGGGAUUUGUAUUAGCUGAAAUAAUUUAAAGGAGGACAGCAUUUUGGGUAAAAUACACUUACUUGGUCUUACCGAGGCUAACGAUCCCAUAGAGGUCAAGUCUUUAUGCUAAGCUAACAGGAAAUGCUAUGAUAGGAAUUGAACCACUGGUGAUAACGGUGUCAAACAUCCUGUCUCAGUCUGGGUACGUCGAUAAAAGAGUACUUUGCCCAAAAUGUUGAAGUAUUGCUUUAAAAAUAUCAAAAACGUAAUGAAAAGCCUUGAAAGGCUGAGCCUCUAAACUCAGCUUGAAUUUUAAGUGAUUUGCAGUGAAGCAAAUUUUGUUGCUUCUUUCACAUAAUCAACUUUGCCUUCAUUUUACGAGCAAAUUAGGGAAAAGGCAAACAGGAAAUUAGCAGCAAAAGAGGCUUAUUUUAGGGCCAGUAAGGAACGUAUCUGUUCGCAACAAUACUCAGCCCUAACACCAGUUGGUACUGUACGCUCCUGAGAAUUUUACUGCACAGACUGAACAGAAACUGGAAAUUAUAAUCCCGGUACUCUUGGCCACUUUCCACGAUAAAUCCAUUCAAAGAGCAUCUUUUAAUGAAGGAGAAAAACUCAGACAGCAGCAGUCGUUUGUUGCUGUCGGAGUGAAGGUUUUCCUCGCGGAUCUGAAAACGAUGGAAAGACGUUGCACAAAAAAGUGAAAAGACAUGGGAGGAUGUUUUCACUCCCACCACACAUAACUGCACAUUUUAUGUAACCGUAUACUGACUGUCACCUCAUGUGUUGUGAUAUUUGUUGUUGUGAAGAAGAAGUCCUUUCUCGCAGCUGCUAACAGCUUUUGUUUUCUGUUGCCAACCAAACAAAAUAAGGUAGAAAAAGUCGGAGUUUGUGAUGGAAAACACACGGGAAACGAUCAACUUUUGUUUUUAAAUGCCAAGAGAAUGUACUGAAGUGUGUGUGUAUAUCUAUAUAUAUUUUCAAGAUUUGUCGUGGGCAUUUUUUUAUUAUUAUUAUUUGUUUUAAUUUUGUCUAAAAUACACUACUGUUGUUGAACCACAGUCAUUUUUUUUAUUUUUAAUCCUAAAUAUUUAUCAAAUACAUUACUGGUACAGAAAACUGAUAUUUGCACUUUUUGUUUGGAUUUGUAAAAUGAAGUGAUGGGGAAAAAAACAACUUUUUGCAAAUCUACCUUGUUCAGAUGUUGAAUAAAGACGGUUCAAUUGCG